AUGUCGUGUCGCGUCAGUCUCUCCACCUUCCCGAUACACUUUUUGACUAACCUCUGCAACCUCCCCAUUUACUACCACUCUACUAGCGAACAGCACAAAUCAAAUCAACAACCCAUUGGGGAAGCUAGCGGCGCCGGAGGCGUGAAGAAGAAGAUGAAGGCCGCCGUCGCCACCGAUGUCACCGUCGACCUGGCGGGCCUCGACUGCACCCUCUGCCUUGACCUCCUACGGCCUCCGGUCUUCCAGGUCUCAUACCAUACCCCCUUCUUCCUUGCCUCGAUUGAUCUACCAUUGCGCUGCAAUCGGAAUGCCAUGCCUGUACCGGACGGGAAGGCCCUGCAGGGCGCAUGUGCCGCUGGUCAUGUUAUUUGUUCGACCUGCUAUGAGAAGCUCCUCGAGAACGACUAUUGCCAGCUGUGCUCGGUCAGCGCCAGCUACAGCAGGUGCUUUGCAGUAGAGCGUGUCCUGCAGUCUGUCAAGGUCCCAUGCUCCAAUGUUGGGUAUGGUUGCAUGGCCAAGAUGCCCUACUAUGAGAUCGAGGAUCACGAGAUGAACUGCCUGAAAGGAGUACGUGACUUCAGUGGAUCAAACACCGUGCAGUCCAUGCCCCUGCACCAUGGGUUACCAACUGACCACUACACACUUCUGAUCCCAAAGGUUUCUCCAUCCGUAAGAAUGAACAUCAGUAUCAACAAUCGCGAGAGCAAGAUCAGCAAUCGUGAUGACAAGAAGAUGCAUGAUAAGAAGAGCUCAACUUGUGAUCAUAAGAGUUCAACGGGAUCUGUUGUGAAGAUGGGUCCUUGUGGAGGUGGUGGUGGCAAUGCUUGGAAGAUGGACCUGCGUGGCGUCAACCGCAUUGUGAAGGUGGUUGUCCGCCACGGCGUCGCGGUUGAUGCCAUGUCGGUGUUCUAUGAGCAGGAAGGCAAGGAGAAGAAGACCAAGCUCUGGGGAGGAACCGGUGGAAAAAGCUCGGAGAUUUGCCUGAAGCCGGGCGAGUAUUUGACAAGCGUCAAAGGUCACUACGGCUUCUAUAACAACUGGUUCGUCAUCCGGUCACUUACUUUCGUGAGCAACCGUCGCAAUUUCGGGCCAUUUGGGAAGGAGGAAGGGGCGCCAUUCAAGCUCCCUGCGACUGGUGGAAAGAUCAUUGGCUUCCACGGGCGCUCUGGUGGCCUCCUGGACGCUCUUGGCACCAAUGUCCAGAUGGGCUAG